AUGCUCCCAGCACAGGAAGCAGCCAAGAUCUACCACACCAACCACGUGCGUAACGCGCGCGCAGUGGGCGUCCUGUGGACCAUCUUUACAAUCUGCUUCGCCAUCUUGGUGAUGGUGGUGUUCAUACAGCCCUACUGGAUCGGUGACAGCGUCAACACUCCACAGGAAGGCUACUUCGGCCUGUUCCACUAUUGCAUCGGGAACGCGCUCACUGGCGAACUCAUCUGCAAAGGGAGCGCGCUGGACUUCGGCUCCAUCCCGUCCGGAGCCUUCAAGACAGCCAUGUUCUUCGUUGGUAUCUCCAUGCUGCUGGUGGUGGGGAGCAUCGUUUGCUUCAGCCUCUUCUUCUUCUGCAAUGCAGGGAGUGUGUACAAGAUCUGUGCUUGGAUGCAAUUCGCCUCAUGUGAUGGCAUGGCUGAGGUCUGUAUGAUCUACCCGGACGGCUGGGACAGUGAGGAGGUGAAGAGGAUGUGUGAACAGAGAACAGAUAAGCACACCCUGGGUAACUGCACGGUGCGCUGGGCCUACAUCCUGGCUAUCAGCAGCAUCAUAGACUCUCUCAUCCACUCCUUCCUAGCAUUGUCCCUGGGGAACAGACAGGACCAACUACUGCCUGACAUCUAUCAGCUGGAGGGGAAAGACAAAGACAAAGGUAUGGAGAGAUGA